UAUAGUGAACCUCAAUAUAAACUACUUUCGCUAAACUUCACAAAACUUUAUUUUCGCAAAAGAAUUAGAUGUAAUUUAUGUGAAAACCAGUCAUUCAUAUCAUAACCAAAACAACACAUGUUUUUGCAUUGAAUGUAAAGUUUGUAAACAUUGAGUGAAUUAACCGUUGAUUACAAUUGUUGGACAGUUUUGAGCGCAAAGCUUGCGGUGAAUGAGUGGACACACAAUGAUUGCAAUACACAAACACAUACUGACGGCCAACAAGUGUUACCACUCUAUGAGACAAUUGGUGGCCAUUCAAAGACGGCUCAAGACAUUCACCACUGAGUCAGAGGUCGAGCAUCGGGUGAUAUCGGGCGGCACUUAUACCCAGAGACCAAACGUACCGCGAGUUGGCUUUGAUCCGCACUUCGACCCCAAAAACGCGGAACAACUGAAGGCUCAGCACAAGAAGUCCCGCAAAGAGAUGAUCUCAAAGGCGAUGACCGCUUACUUGGAGUCCGCGAAACAAUACGACUCUUUCAUCACUGAUCUUAACCAAGAGUUUGAGACCGGAAGACGACAUUUGGCUAAUAUUAUGGGAACCGAUGCCAAACAUAUGACACAACAAGACAUCGACAAAGCGAUUGAAUACCUGAUGCCUUCGGGACUGUUCUCUCGCAGAGCGCGACCAGUGAUGAGACCGCCGACAGAGAUCUACCCGAAGAAGAAGACGGCACAGUUUGAUGCGGAGGGCAAACCCUUCAACUCAUUCUUCUACACCUCUCAACCAAACUUUUAUGAAUCCUCUUUUGUAAGCCAUUUGUCACUCAAUUUGGUUCUCAUUUAAACCAUUU